CAGCUGUGCCCCUAAAACCUGCAAAUCGUGAAGUACAGGAACAGACUAUUUAUUUUCUGGCAAAAGUAUCGAUAUUUUGAUAUAUCGAUAUUUUUCGCCCAAUUCUAUUUACUAGAAUUGUUUCAUAUUUACUAAUAAGUCAAGGCGGAUGGUUCUGUGUAAUGUUGUGUAUAUCGUGUCAAACGCCGACUAAAAAGUACAAAUGUUCAAAAUGUUUAGUUCGAUAUUGCUCACUUCCUUGCUACAAAAAACAUCAGGACACGUGUGUUUCCAAGCAAUCCUUAAACAUUGAGACAUGGGAAGUCUAUAGCAUCAAUGAGCCUACUCUGCACGAGCCUUUCGGCACCGAGGAUACAGUGCCCCGGAGUAAACUGGAGCUUCUGAAACACUGCGAAACGCUCCACAAUUUACUCUACAAUCCGCAUCUUCGAAAUUUACUCACUGAAAUUGAUGUAGCUCCAGACGCUUGGAAAGCUAUGAAAGCAGCAAUGCAAGAACCACUAUUUCUAGAGUUCGCCGAUGAAUGUUUGGCAAUUAUUGAACCCAAUACUGACGAUUAUAAUUAAAAUAUAAAUUUGAUAGAUAAAUGUGCGUUCAGAAAUGCAU